AUGGCGUGCUCUUCCACAAGGAAUUUUGGAGGCUGGCUGAGGGACUUAUCACAAUGGCGUGGGAGGUGUCAGAGCUGGAUCGAACAGGAGUGGGAGAACAAAUGCAAUGACCCAGCUGAAUGGAAAGAGGGCAAUGCCCCUGGAUUUAACCUGGGUAUCAUGUCAAGCCAGAAACACCUAGCUUCCCUCCCUUCCCUCCGUCACUGGAAAAUUAUGAAUCCCCCUGACCGCACCUCAGUUGAGACACAGGUGGCUGUAGACAUCGUCCAGCGCAAGUGGAGCCCCAAGAAUGUCCGCCUGUCGGAUGCAGGUGUCAUCUACUCCCUUUUGACUUUGUCUGCGGAUUAUCGCAUACGGUACCUAACCUACGACUUUGAUCAGCGAGGGGAUAUACGCAAAGAUCGAGUCCCAAAAGCACCCACUGUGGCAUUCUACCAGAACAACCAGCGGACGCUUGCCACAUGGAAAGGUAUCUAUGUUUUUACAGGGGGGUACAAUGAUGCAGGAUGGUUGCUGGCCGACAAUUACCCGGACGGACCACCAUUUUUCCAAGCUGGUCUGGUGGUCGCUUCGUCUCGUGUGAAGACUUUCGAUGCCCUCAAUGUCCAGUUGACCGAGUACCAACCAAAAAAGGUCUUCGUCCACGAUCCUAAUUCGACGGAGAAUUUAUGGAAACGUGCCUAUCUACAGUACUGGAUUUUACUCAGGGGUUGCAACGAUAUUUCGGGAUAUUGUCUUGUGCUUGCAGGGCAGAGUGCAUCUGGAUACCAGAAGAUGGGUCUUCUCUUUGGCUUUCAUGCCCUCAUUGGUCCUGGCGCCGACGCCACCGACGCAAAUGAAGCAAUUCAGCAGGACCAGAUUUACACGGCUUGGAAGAACAAGCUGUCCCCAGAUGUGGAGGUUAAAACGCAACCCAAUGAUUUUAUCAACUUCAUUGGGAUCAGGUGGGGGCAUUUGCCAAUUCACACAAACACGACUGAAACCAACACGACAGAAGCCAUCACUACCUGCCGCAAGCGCAGAAGGCCAAACAGUGGUAAUGAAACUAAAGAUCUCCUAUCAUUCUCAUCACACUCAUCAUCCAUUGGGAGAGCAACUGUAGACGAAAGAAGCCCGGACCGAGCAGAUGACGAGUCCAACAUGGUUUCAUUCAAUCGUCUUUGGGCUGAGCUAGCAGCCAUUGAAUCGCCUCCCAGGUACUGGGAGCUAUUCACCGCAGUUGGUACAAUGGAGACCAUGCAUCGAAGGUGGCGUCACAACCGUCUAGCUAUGGAAGUGGUCAAACUCAAUAUCUCAUCAUCUGAAGCCACUGUUAUCCGUGAUCUUAUACAAAACCCGAGUCCAAGGCUUGCAUCUUUGCUUCUAGGUAUUGGGGUGGAGGAAGAUCGCAUUGCUCUUGAAAAUGCUUUCAGCUAUAAUUCGGCCAUGGCCUUGUUUCAACGGCAGGUUAAUGUACUUGAGGAUGGACCCGUUAAACAGGCCUAUGCGGACGUUUACUCCUACUUUCAGGCUGUCGCCUGUCGCCGCCCUAACAUCCUACAGCCGCUCAUCAAGCUAGAGCAGUAA